GCCGACGCUGUCUUCAUGUCGUGCAACCAGGGCUAACCCAUUUCCAAAUUCUCCAGACACUCGGCAGCAGAAACGAUCUCACAGCUGAUGUAUUUAUGUCACAGGCACUGACACUAUUUGCAGCAUCCACAUGACGGCAUCAGCAGGCGCCUUUAUUUACUUCUGGUCCAGUUAGCCCCCGCUGCAAUGGAGGUAAACAGGGACGAAGCGGAGCGCUGCAUUGACAUUGCAAUUGCGGCGUUAACCAGCGACCAGCCGGAGAAGGCGCAGAGGUUCCUGGAGAAGGCGCAGAGACUCUUCCCGACAGAGAAAGCCAAGGUACUGCUGGACCAUAUAUCAAAGAAUGGAUUUACACCCAGACAUGGCAACUCAGAGUUCAGUGGGACCUCGGGGCCUCGACAGCGGCAGACCACCGCAGGUGAGAAUAUGAGACCCGAAGAAAAGCCUUCAGAGACCUCGAAAUCCUACACGGCAGAUCAGCUGGAAGCUGUGAGGAGGAUAAAACAAUGCAACGACUUUUAUGAAAUUCUCGGAGUCCAGAAGGAUGCCUCUGAGGACGAACUCAAAAGAUCAUACAGGAAACUUGCUUUGAAAUUCCAUCCGGACAAGAAUCAUGCUCCAGGUGCUACAGAGGCAUUUAAAGCUAUUGGAAAUGCAUACGCUGUCCUGAGUAACACUAACAAAAGACGGCAGUAUGAUCAAUGUGGAGAGGAGAAGAGACAUCCCUCAAGACAUGGCCCAGACAAUGGGAACUUCGAGCCAGAUAUUUCCCCUGAAGACCUCUUCAAUAUGUUCUUUGGAGGAGGUUACCCAUCAAGUAAUGCUAAUAUGUACGCUAACGGGCGGAUGCGUCAUCAAAGGCGAGAGAGAAGAGAGCGACAGCGAGAUGGAGGUCUUGCUCUCUUCGUGCAGGUCAUGCCCAUCCUCAUCCUGGUCAUUGUGUCAGCUCUCAGUCAGAUCAUGGUCAACAGCCCCCCCUACAGCCUCAGCUUCAGGCCGUCAGCGGGCUACACACAGAAGAGGCUGACUGAGAACCUGAAGGUGCCAUAUUAUGUGGGGGAGCAGUUCUCCAAAGAGUUUAAUGGAAUGAAUCUGAAGAAUUUGGAGCGGACAGUGGAGGAUGAUUAUAUUUCCAACCUUCGCAACAACUGCUGGAAGGAGAAACAACAAAAGGAAGGCAUGCUAUACAGAGCUCGCUAUUUUGGAGACACUGACCUGUACCAAAGAGCGCAGAGGGCUCGCACACCGAGCUGUGCCAAGCUGUCCGAGCUCACAGCGUCAUUACACGGUUGAGGCUGCUUUCAUGCUUAAAAGUUUCCAGAAUCAACACAGAAUACUGGCUGUAAAUAGACGAGCUUUAACAAUCUGGAGACUUCAAACGUCAAAACAGCACCAAUCUUGCAUCAAACUGACCACACAAGCUGGUUGAAACUAUAAGUUUUAGUAUGUGAAAUUUAAAUAUAAUGUUAAUAUAAUGAAAAAGCCACUUAAAAUAGCCUGUCCUCCCGACAAGAUGCGGGUUCGGAAAACGUCCGAGCGCCAGUUUUGACUGCAAGCCAUGAUGCUUGAAGAGGUCACACUAAGGUUUUUGCGAGAACAAAAUAUGAAACCAGAUCGUAGCGAGGUUAGAUACUGUCGUACGGAUGUUAUUUAUGUAGCAGUUGAUUAGAUAUCACAGUGAAUGCUUCCUCUUUCAUUUUAUGCAGUUAGAUCAGUAGAGGAGAUGAGUUUGAGUGGUGAUUGGCUGAUUUGACGUCAAAUGCACAUUCUGAAACUAUGCAGGAAUAAUGUGAAACCUCUGAUGAAUACACACUCAUGUCUCUGGUUUGUCAGACAUAUGAACACUGAGAUUUGUCUUCGUUCUUCUUCUGAUGUGUUUGAAAACAGUUAGGAAAUGUCCCUUUACACUUUUCCUCUUUUAACUGUAUUAAAUUAUAUAAUGUAACUUAAUGGCACUUUACAAUAAAUGCCAAGAGAAGGAGAGACGUGCCUAUCCACAAAGUGGAGCUUUAACAGGUUCUAGUUUUGGAGUGUAAUGUCUCAUCUGUUGGAGAAAGCAGUCUUUGUCACACUUUUUAUGUUUACACUAUGCUAUUUAUUCUUUGUAUGAUCAGUUGUUUUAAAAAACAUUUAUCAGACUAAGAAGCCAGUACAGAUCUUGCUCACUUUUUCCACCCUGUUUUUACUCCCAGAUGAAAAAUAAAUAUGGAUGCCUAAAAACGUGUUGGAAGUGACUGACUCAUCGCUCUGAGCAGAACGAGCACAGAACGUUGAAAACAAAAGCUCAGUCAGCACAUUUGGCACAUAAAAACUCUGCCGGCUGGCUGACUGAGAGUGGGAACUGGAAACAUGGCUCUGCGCACGUUCACAUUUUGGUAAGACGUGCGGCAUGUGCCCGAGAGGCAGGAGCUGCAGCGUCACAUUCUUUAACCGCAAAUGUACUCAGCUGUUUUUGCACAUCCGAUCUCUCAUCUUGACUCACAGUUUGCAUUUGCGUAUGGCAUAUUUGUGCCUGUCAGCUGAUCUAUAUGACAGUAUAGCUGAACAUUAUUCCUCAUUGCAACAAGUAUCUUAGUAUUGGUAUGGUUUGAUAAAGAAUGGGUGUGCAGUUUCAUAUAUGUGUUUGUAUUUUAAGCAGAACGGAGCACACUUUUUCCAUUAUUUCUGAACCUGGAUUUAAAACUGCAAGUGAGUUAUCUGGAUCUGUCAAGUUUCAUGAAAUAGGACAAUAGAGAAGAGAAUUAUUAAAAAAAAUAAUUUAUUUGGAAUCAUGAAAAGUACAAAAAACAGUGCAAUGUUAUGCGUAUUUGAAUAUCAAAUAAAUAAAGUUGAAAGCAGGACAUGUCUACACAGAUACAAGAUCAAGUUACAUUUGAAGUAAAGAGCCACAGCCUACACAUGUAUACUGCACAAGGCAAGCACUGGAUGGGCCUUUGCACUUGAAUUCAAGCAGUCACUAAGGUCCCUAACGGUUCACUUAUAGUACAAUUCAUCGCUUUGAAUACAAUUCGGUUAAUUGCCUUAUAUAAAAAGAAAGAACACAAUGGUUUUCAAUGACUAUAACCAUAUAGCUAGCUGCCAUUGUAUGUUUCAAUAGAAACUGAGGUACACACUUCAAUACUUGCUAAAAAAUGCCUAUUUACCAGAUAUAGCGUGAUGGUUACACAUUGUAAAUUGAAAAUCUGAAUGUCAGUGAGGAGCAAGCAACACCUGCUCCAGGUACCAUAAACUUCAACUCCCUUACAGUAGGAAUAAUAGGCUACAUCAUGUCAAAGUCCAUCCUUUCACUUCAGAAGGCAUCACACAUACAGUAAUAGUAAUAAGGCCCUUCUGUGAUUAAAUGGGCAUUUUAAAAA